AUGGCGGAGCCGGACUACUACAAGCUGAUCGGCGUGGCGCGGGACGCCAACCUGCACGAGAUCCGGUCGAAGUUCCGCGCCAAGGUCUUGGCGGAGCACCCCGACAAGGGCGGCGACCCCAAGAAGUUCCAGCUCCUCAACAAGGCCUACAACGUGCUCACCGACGCGGAGAAGCGGAAGCGCUACGACUCAACUGGCCGCGCGGAGAAGUCUCCCGAGGAGGAGUUCGUGGAUGGGUUCGGGGGCGGCCGCCUGAAGUUCGAGCCUCGCACCAAGGAUGCCGACGACAAGGCCAUCGUCAGCCUGCAGGACCGGAUCAUCACAGGCGCUCAGACCCACGAGGAGGGCUUCGCUGCGUGGCUUCGGCAGCGGGACCAGGAGUCCAUGGUGCUGACCGACAAGGACUUCCUGAAGAGCCACCUCUACAACGCCGCGGAGCUCUCGACGAGGAUCCAUCACUCGACGCCCGUGCUGCACGUGAUGGGGACGCCGAAGCUGGACGUGUACGAGCAGCCGAUGCGGGGACCUGUGGAGGUAGAGGUGAGGCCGCGCGCGCUUAAGAAGACGAUCGAGCACGACGAGGUGCUUGUGCGGAUGCUGGCCGUGCCCGUGGACGAGUCCAUGAUCUACGCCGACCUCAGGAAGGCGGGCGCCUGCCUCGGGAACGUGGGCGUCGGGCGCGUGGAGCAGGCGGGGACGCGCGUGGAGGACCUGAAGGCGGAGGACGCCGUCCUGAUCCUGCCGAAGCCGAGCAAGUUUCCCAGCGACCGCCCCCUCGGAACCGCGCGGACGCUGGUGCAGUGCAGCGAGGAGGACGUGUUCCGCAUCCCAGCGGCGAUCCUCGAAGAGCUGACCCCAGAGCAGAUCUGUCUCGCGCCCACCAUUGCGCAGGCCUACGAGGUGCUGGAGCAGUACGGGAGGAGGCUGAAGCCAGGUGACAUGGUGCUGCUCAACUCGGCGCACCUUUCCGCGGCCGGCUCCUCCCUCCUCCAGCUUUGCAAGCUCCUGAAGCUGAAGCCGCUGUGCAUCCUGUCGCUCCCGGGCGCGCCGAGGAACCUCGUGAAGGGGGAGCAUGGCACGAAGAGCGCCUGGCAGGAUGCCGACCACCGCGCGACCGCGCCCCCGACUGUCCGAGCGCAGUACGAGCGCAUCAGCGAGCUGCUUGUCACCAUGGGUGCCGAGGAGGUGUUUCCAGACGCCGUGGCGCUGCUCAGGUGGCGCGACCGGAACCAGCGGCUGCUGCCAAAGCUCGCGCUCGACGGCUUGGCCACCAGGGACUCGUGCGAGCAGCUCAUCCACUGUCUCCAGCCAGGGGGCAGAGACGCACAGCUUGUCGUCUGCGGCCACGGCAGUGCACAGCCGCUGGACAUCUCGCCCACGCUGCUGGCAGCCUGGGGCGGCAGGGUCGUGGGCUUCAGCCUCAGCAGAUGGGUUCACUCGAGUUCCGCGAACGCGAAGAAGAUGAUGACUGUCAUGGAGAACGUGACGAAGCUAAUACGGGCCAACAAGUUUCAGGUCGACACCUGCCUCUACAAGGUGGGCGAAGACCCCAUCGGGGACGCCUUCUCACGCGCGUCCGAUGCUUCGGAGAACGCGCAGGUUGUGCUGAUCUUCCCGACCCUCCAGGAGGAGCACGAGAGCUACACCCAGCACGAGAAGGCGGAGAAGGAGAGGAAGGCCGUGGAGAAGGAGCAGCAGGAGAGGCAGCGGAAGGAGACGGAGGAGCGGCAGAAGCUGAAGAUGGAGUGGCUCAACCUUCUCUUCACGGAUGCGAGCGUUGCCGCCAUGAACCCCGAGGAGCCCUUGCGAAUCAGCCAGGAGAUCGGCAACCGAUCCAGCCCGAGCCUGAUGAUAGCCUUCGUCGGCGACGACCCCGUGGUGGACGACAGGGCCCUCAAGGAGAUGCCCCAGUACUGCAAGGAUGCCGUGGUGGUCAAUGUGGCCUGGACCGAGCACCCCGCCAGCGAGGCGUUCAGGGAUUUCGACCUCGAGAGUGACGAGGUCACCGACGGCACGUGGUACCAGCGCAGCAGGGCGACGCUCGAGAACGAGGACCUGGACACCUUGCACGACGUGGAGCUGCUCGGCCGUUCGCUGGUGGAGACGCUGAGAGCGAAGCUGGAGCAGCACAAGCUGGACUGGAACCGCCUCGUCCUCGCCGGCUUCGGCAAGGGCGCGGGCAUCGCGCUGUAUGCGCAGCUGAUGCGGCUGCUGCCGAGGCCCUGCCACUCCAUGGCGCUGUUCAGCCCGGUGGUGCUCUUCCCCGCGUUCGCGGUCGAGAAGAGCGGGACGCUGGCGCGCCACGCCGGGCCGAAGGUCAAGGUCUUCGCCAUCUGGGGCAGCGGGGCCAACCGGACGACCCCGGCCAGCUACCGGCAGCUCCUGCCCGCGUCCCUGCGGAAGCUCACGGGGGAGCUGCACGUCACCGCGGACACGAUGCCGGAGGGGACGAGCCAGAUGGGGCUGGCGGACUUCCAUUGCUUCACGAGCAUCCUGCCGCUGUGCCUGCCGCCCUGA